CCCCAGUCCACUAGGCGGCGCUGCGUGUUAGUACUUGUGUCGGCGAGCUGCCUGCUGUCACAUGUGACAUUGACAACAACAGAGGCACAAUGAGGCUGACUGUUCUCCUAUCGAUGGCAGCCAGAGUUAUUGUGCCCAAAGGUUACCGCUACGGCACAAACAGACCAUGGACUGCUCAGGCCAAGAGACUCAAUCCUCCAGGAAAGACCAGGAGGAAGGUGUUUGUGGAGCCGAUAGCUAAAGAGGACUGGUCCUUUUUUAAAGGCGACCAGGUUGAGAUCCUUGCAGGGAAGGACAAAGGAAAACAUGGAAAAGUGAUUCAAGUCAUCAGAAACAGAAACUGGGUUAUACUGGAGGGACUGAACACGCAUCACAGGUAUAUUGGUAAAUCUGGGGAUUACCGAGGGACCUAUGUGUCCAGCGAGGCUCCCCUCCUGCUUCGUGAUGUUGCCCUCAUUGACCCCGCAGACAGGAAGCCCACUGAUGUUGAGUGGAAAUUCACAGAGGAAGGCGAGAGAGUCCGAGUGUCUCUCAGGACAGGUCGGAUCAUCCCAAAACCUGUAGUAGAGCGGAGAGACGGCAUCGUACCGCAGCAGUGGAAAGAUGGUCCCAAAGACACUAGUCCAGAAGACACUCUAGAAAAGACAUACGUACCAUCUCUGAAAACCCUGGAGGAGGAAGUCAUGGAGAAACUGGGCAUCCAGGAGAACAGGCGCCACCAAAGGUCCUACUGGUACUGAGCAGAGAAACCAGAGACAAGCCAUAGGGUGCUAUGGAGUUUCCACAGGACGUCGGAGGAUCUUGUUUUUGAUUGGAGUCAAAGUUAACAUUUUAAAAGAGACUGUGAGGAUGAUUUGAGAAAGACCUCUGGACUUAAAAGCAGCGCUGUAACAUACAUGUUGAGAAAAGAACAGCUUUGUGUACAGGGGAGAAGAAGACAGAGCUGAUAACAAACAUCAACUUUAUUGUUUCCUUAAUGGCUACAGCUGUAGUUAUUCUUUCUUUCAUACUUUGUGAUUUUGUGAAUAAAUGUCAGAAGUAUACACGUA